CCGCUGUACGUGUGUGGCGAAAAAGUAGUGGGUACCGCAGAGCUCACCUUACUGAAAGAAAGAUCAUUUGAAGACAUACGCAUUGGCUUUCGAGGCAUGGCCACCGUGAGAUGGGUAGACACAUUGACACGCUUUCCGAAACUUUAUUCCGCCGAAGAGACUUAUAUGGAAAUUGAGACGGUCGUUUUUCAAGGCGGUCAAUUGCUGCCUAGCACAUACAAAUACGAGUUUGACUUUCGUGUACCGGACGUAUGCCCGACCACAUGUACCACGGAUAUUGGAAAAAUUUAUUACGAAUUGUCAUUACUUUUGGUGUACGACGAUAAGGAAAAGCGCAAGUUCACUAGCGAAGUGAUGGUGCUGCAGACGUACAACAUAGAAAAACUGCCCAACGCAUUGUCCAGUAGAGCUGCGGUAGUGGUUGAUAUUGCCCUUGUUGUUGUAGCUGUCGUUGCCACCGUAGUCGUGCUUGUGGACGCCGCGAUAACAUCAUUCGGUAUUGGAAGCACACUCUCCAUAUUAUAG